AUGCGGAAAUCUAUAGACACCGCGAGAAGUGGUUUGGGCGCUUUUGUGACACGCAGAAAAGAUCCAGAGGGCGCUGAGAUCGUCGGCACACGGAAGUCUCGUGGGCGUAUUAACACAGUCGCAGCUGCAAGGAGACUCUGGAGUCGUGUCUUCAAGAGCGAGAAACGAACGAGCGAGGCAGGUCCGUCUGUAUCGAGCGUCGUUCCGAGCGUCAACUCUGCUCUGGGUGUGACAGCGCAGAUGAUGGAUCCUGUAACAGUACCUACAUGUGAUAUCAACGCCUUGGCUGAAGAUUGGAAUGUCGGCUUGUUCCCAGGUUCCUUUCCUUCUGACGAGACUCUUCAAGAUUUAGUCGUCAGCUCUUCCGACCAAGCUUCUGCCGACGACGCUGCCAUGGUAUCUCUUCCUCUACAGUUCGCUGAAGAGAUGCAGCAGCUCGAAAGGAAGUCAUCCCCUCGCACCGUUACCGAUCCCAGCCCCUACUCAGAGUCCGACCUUUCUUGCGAAACCGCGUCUCCUCCCGGUAACACAGCCGUCAGCACCAUUCACCGCUCGCUGUCACUCUUUCCUCGCACCUCUUCCUCACGCGCACACUCACCCGACUGGAUACCCGCUCCUGAUAACCCUCGCCGCUCGCUCGACACUCUCGCCAUCAAAUCCCGGCCAGGUUCGGAGGUGACCUCUAAACCUCACAGCGACAUCGACUUACUAGUCAACAGUAUCGAGCGAUUCAGAUUCACCACGCUCGUAAAAUCCACAAUCAUCGACAACGUGCAGGACACACGGGAUACCGUCUACAUGACUAGCGCGAACCUGCUCAACAUUGGAUGGGACAUGAAAAGGCUACUCGUUAUCUGGUCAAGGAUCACCUCGAACGCACCAGGCGUCGGCGUGCUGCGUGCUCUCCAACCAUGGGUGCGUGUGCCCAGGAAAGCUAUCGCAAAAGCCUGUGGGUUGAUGCAAAACGGUCUGCAGACCUAUCGGGAUUGGAAAGUCAUCUCGGAUCACGCUUUGAUGAUUGCGCAACAGCAUCAUACGAUUAGUGACGGGUGGUGGGCGAUGCAUCAUAAAAGGUUCCAGGAGCUCGAUGCUGUUGACCAACUGGACUUUGACGAUGCUUUUGCACAGGUGGAGCUCGUUAUGGAGAAGUAUCUAGGAUUCGAGAAGGAAGUUGCGGUCAUGCGCAAGCCCGCUCCUGGCAGACGCGAACGUAUGACCAAUGCCACGUUUCCGUCUAGCGCGGUUUCCGUUUUCGACACAGCAUCUCCUUCCACGGAUGAUAGCCAACCAGCUUCGUCGAGCGAAAGUCAGCGGCAAAGUUCAGGUUCGUCAACAAGGGACUGGGCUACCACUGCAAAUCAAGCAGCCUAUACCAGUGAUGAAUCAAGGUUUCCACAAUCGGUAUCGCGAUGCCCAAAGACCAGGCAAGCUGCCGCGCCUUCCUCAUUGUCAUCAGCUUCAUCGUCACCCAAGUCUGGAAAGGAAAAGAGAGAGGGACCACGAUACACAACGUCCCACCGACUAUCGUCACCUGUAUCGUCGGUAGCAGGCCCUUCGUCACUAACGUCUUCGAUUAAACAUGGUCCGCGGUAUCCAAAGAUCCAGCAAGCAUCGAAACCUAUCGCAGUGUCACCAGCUCCAUUCUCACCGAAAUCAUCAAUGAAAGAUGGGAAGCAAUUGAACAAUGCAGAGACAAGCCGGACUACAAAGACUUUGCCAAGCUACAUGCGACCUACGAAAGCGACUCGAAGAGCAUACACCCCGCCUGUCAAAUCUGCCACCAAUACAACGCCAGCUACUCGAUCGAGCCGUCUAGAGUUUGCCAUUCGCGGCGAGCAGGCGAAGCGACCACCGACUGGCACGAGUACACGGCUUGUAGAAAUCAAAGCUUCUUCAACACUGCCUGAACGCGCACCAUUUAUACUCUCCAAGUCGGCAAAGAGACUGGAGCCAAAAGACCUUCCCAAGCUAGACAUGAUCGAUCACUCAGGCCCAAUCCACGGACUGUAUGUUCUCAGAGGUACUGCCCCGUGCUGCCCCUCUCAGCUGUGGACUAGCAGCCCACCGACUCGCUCCUCGACAGACGCGCCGCUGGAGGUCGGUCUUUCGGACUCCCCGAGAUUUCCUCCAACUGAUGACAAGGGGGAUGCGCAUGGUGUCGGUAAGAUGGAGCUUAUUAGGUAG